AUGACAAUAUACGAGGUAUGUGAUGCUCAAAAAUUCAUCAUGGGAAUGCUCACAAAUUUUGGUAGCAUGGAACAAGAACGAAUUCAUAACACUCUCAAGACGUUCUGUGUAGCUGAUCCUUGUUAUGACAAGUCUCUUCAACAGCUUCAAAGCUUUCUUGCUGGUUUGAUCUCUGAAGAGAAACUAGAGUUUAGAGAUGCAAUUAAACUUUCGGUCAUGCGUUCAGGGGGUUAA